AUGCGCAUCAAAGGCCGAAAAUCUAGGGUCGACCGCCGCCUGCCCCAACGCGGAGGCCGAUUCACCUCCGCGCAACUCGCGUGGAUGGACCGCGACCAAGAACGACUCCACCGCGCACGAGAAAAGGAAAAGAAACGCAUUGCGAAUAAGAAGAGACAAGCAGAGAAGGAAGCUAAAGAGCGCGAAGAGAGGAGGAAAGAAGGGAUACCUGAUCAGCAUGCGAUGCCUGUGCCGUCUAGUCAGCCGUUGUUAUCGAAGUUCCUUGCGAAGCCGCAGUCGAAGCCCGCAUCGCCGUCUGUCGAAACACCAGAGCUCGAGGAUGAUGGGUUUGAGGGGCAAUCUGAUGGGGGUGACACGGAGGUGUGCUCGUUGGACAGUUAUGAGGCGGGGAUAGAGGCAUUUGAUCAGAGGAUUAUGGCGGAUGAAGAGAGAAGGAUGAUGGAGAAUCCCCCGCAUGAUGAGGGAACGCAUAACGGCAACGAAGACGACGAUGAGGAUGCAUUCUCGGAAUGCUCGGCUUUCUACGAUGAAGAUUUCAUUCGCGAGGCAGAAACAACCGCACAGGGGCAAAUUGAACAGCAGAAGAAGGCAUUGCAGUCGCAGGAAGGGCAAUCAAUACAGACAGUAGCGAAGCCAGCUCCACCACCAAGAUUGGCUAUAGAGGAAUCAUUUCGAGACGAUACAGCGGACUUUCUGGAACAAUUUGGCUGCGAUCUCGGCGCAGAUGGAGAGUUUGCGCCAGACGAAGAUUUUGAGAGGGAAUUAGUCCAACUCAACGCGGGUUGA